CAUUACGGUUUUCCCUCUUUCGUCUUCCCCAUUAAAGCCCCUCGUUUAGCGAAGUUCUGCAAAUCCUCUCUCUUCACUUGGUAUUUCGAUAUGGCCGGAAGGGGAAAAUCUCUCGGCGCCGGAGCGUCGAAGAAGGCAACAUCUCGUAGCAGCAAAGCCGGACUACAAUUUCCCGUCGGUAGAAUCGCUAGGUUUCUCAAAGCCGGCAAGUACGCCGAACGAGUCGGUGCUGGUGCUCCUGUGUAUCUCGCGGCCGUUCUUGAAUACCUCGCAGCAGAGGUAUUGGAGUUGGCAGGAAAUGCGGCUAGGGAUAACAAGAAGACGAGAAUCGUUCCAAGGCAUAUUCAAUUGGCGGUGAGGAACGAUGAAGAACUGAGCAAGUUGCUUGGUGCUGUUACAAUAGCUAAUGGUGGUGUGAUGCCCAACAUCCACAAUCACUUGUUGCCGAAGAAGGCUGGUGGUGGCUCUUCGAAGUCGGUUGCCGCCGAUGAUGACAGUUAGAUUACCGAUUUCGCUAAGCCAGAGGAUUAAACGAUGAUUUGGAGUUUGGAAGAGAAGGAGAUAUGAAGGAAUCGAGGCAUGGAAUUGUAGCCCUAAUUUCCAAUUCUUUUUGAUCUUCUAACCUUUUUUCAUAUAUAAUGGUUGGCUGUAUUGUGAGAUCAGUUCUUGCUGUGUAGUUGUUUUUCUUUUACGAAAAUUAGGUUAUCUUGUUAUUUAGAGUGCUCUGAAUUAGUUUAGGAUCUUAGAUUUGUGUAAUCUCUUGUGAAUUUAAGAUGAAGUUAGAAUUCUUUUCUA